CAAAGACUUGGAAAGUUUCUUCUCUUGAUCACGGUCCUGUUAGCCUGUUUUAUUUGGCACUAUGUGUUGAACCUUCCUCAGAAACAGAUGCCGGCAAAUGAUCUAUAAGAUGGAAGUGGUAAACUACAACUUAACGAUUGCAGACCACACAGCGAAUGCCACUUCCCCUACAAAACCAACUUUUAGCGCACUGGAUGUUUACAUCUGGCGAGGGUUGUGUGGAGCAGACAUCUCGAACUUACGGAAAUCUUUAUUUUUUCCUCGUUACCCCGAUGAAAACUUCAGGAGCCUUAUUACCAAGUUCCAGAUUGAAGAUCACGGAAUAGAUUAUGGUCAGCUUAUUUUUGGUUUCGUUAACCCACCGAUCACCAUGCCAUACCGUUUUGCAAUAGUCUCCGAUGAUUCGUCAGAGUUAUGGCUUAGUUCAAGUGAAGAUCCAAACCAAAAACAGUUGAUUGCCAGAGUGUUCAAAGAAGGUGUAGCCGCGUGGGCCAAGCUAAAUCAGUUGCAUAAAUAUCCUGACCAAAUCUCGAAAGAUAUAAAGCUUCGCAAAGGCAGUAAAUAUUACAUCGAAGUUCUUCAUAAACAAGGCACCUGGGAUGGCUUUGUUCAAGUUUUUUGGAAGAGUUUGCAACACAAGGACUUCAAACUGAUCAGUUCGCAGCACUUAUCACCAUAUUCUGACGAAAACGUGGUUACAACGAAGAACAAAGAUGUUUUGUAUAGCGUGCUGUCGGAUGGUUAUCGCGUAGAACUGGAGCUGAAAUCUAAAAGAAUAAGCGAGGAUUACUUAAAAUUUUAUUCCCUCCCUUUGAUUCCCAAAGAUAGUUACCUUCCCUCAUAUGAUUACCAAAGUAGUUUUGUGUUAAGUCGUACAGUUUAUCGAUACGAAGGAGUCAGUCAUGUUUCUGCAUCCUUGGUUUAUCCAGAGGACAAAACUGCCAUGGGCUUACUAGUAGCCUGA